AGUAGGUAUGCAUUCUAUAUCUCCAUGGCUAGUAUGGCGCUUGCCCAACGACCCCGAUCAGGUUCCGCGGGCGGAAUAUGGGAACAAAACGAGUCUACCAUCCGGCAGCUCUAUGAGACAGAGAGGAAAACACUCAAAGAAGUAAAGCAGAUCAUGGAGAGUGAACACGGAUUCCCUAUCACUCCUCUGUCGACGUAUGAAACAAAGCUGCGAGAUAGACUGAAGUUACGCAAAAAGCUCAAGAAAACAGACUGGAUAGCUGUGCAUCACCAUUAUCUAGCCAGGGAUGGCAAGGACACGGGAAUCUAUCUCAACGGAAGGCGUAUUCCAUGGAAGAAUGCCUGGAAAGAAAUCAGAAGAUCGGGAGCCCGAUCAACAGGUACAGAUCGACAUACCAGGCUUCCGACAGGCGUUGUGGUGAGGACACCAUCUCCUGCUGUAGAAGACCUUGCACUUCAGCCUUUACCAGUAUAUGAAGCACAAGCGCCAGUUCACUCUCGACUUUCUGUUUCUCCAUCCACAGAUCUAGUUGCUCUACAACCUUCUAGGACUCAUAUCUACGGGUCAGUAGAUACGACCCAAUUAUCCUGGGGAUACCAGAGUCGAUGUACCUCAAUACACGAUUCAGACUUCGAAGCUAGGGUUGCCAAUUCUCUCCAGCUUUCCUUGCAAGAAAACGUUGUUGCUCUUCGAAACAUCCCGUGGGUCUCGUUCAAGAAUGAGGUUCUCUCGAUUGUCUGCAAGUUAGGAUUUGACCCCACGAGGAAUUUCAUGGAUGGCCUACUUGGAGAGGAUUCGUCGGUUCUUUGGAGAUUUACGACGAUUUCACCCAUGUUCUCCUUUUUAAGAGACCUAGACCCAGCACCUGCGUCUUCGGUAUCCACGUGGAAUAUCAACGUCUAUUACCUUCUAGCUGAAGCAAUCUAUCUGGUCUCCAAUGAUUUGCUGGAUCAUCGUUGCGAUCGCCGUCGCAACAACGAACCCUGUCCCGAAAUUAUCCAACUUUUACUCAAACGAGUACCCAAAACAAUUCUACUAGGAUUGUUUCAGAGCGACCUUCCUACUAUAAGGUCUCUUUGGGACGUCCUAGCAUAUCAUGCCGGAAUACAUGGCUAUAAGGAUGUUUUCGUUCUUUUGAUGGAAGUUGGACUUCGGCACUCUGGAUGGAUCCUUCCCGAGGGUUAUUUUUACCUCGCUUCUGCUGUUUCCAUGGGAGCACUUGAUCUUGUUCGACGCCUACUUAAAGUUGGAAUUCGUGCUGAUUACGGAAUCUACAACCCUAUGGACGACGACGACCCAUUGGCAAUUAUACAUGCGAUUGCUACUGGGAGUAUGGAAUGCCUAAAGCUAUUGUUAGGAGCGUGCGAUGUCAACCGCAACGUGUGCACACGUCCUGAGAAUGCAGGAUGGUCUAACUUACAGUCGUUGAUAUCUGUCUUAACUGGCAAUCCAUCCGCUACGUUUGCGAGACGAGACCACGCAUAUCUACCGAACUCUUAUCGACAAACCCCAAAGGGAAUGCUUAUACUUGAUUUCGACCUCGAGAGCGAGUCAGUAAGCCGGGCGGUAGACAUGAUCCUAGAUAGUGGAGCUAACGUCGACUUGACAUGCGAUGACGAGUCAUUGUCCGAAUUAUACUCAUUUUACUAUGGCUAUGUCAGUCCAAUUCCGAUCGAGUGGCGUCCGACAAUACUGGAAUAUUGUUAUUACCAGGACGUAAAGCUUUUCAUCAGGCUAGCUCCGUACAGCACUCAAGUAAUUGGGCAUAUUACUCGACCAGGUAUUUGCCAUUCUGCGAAACAAGGCAAGGAAAUGCUACGCGAAUAUUUGGCAUCGAAAUCAACUGAUUCGGAAUUUUAUAAGAUGGCAUUUCUAGAAUUGGUCCUUGCCGAGCAGUUCUUCGAAGAAAAUAAGAGCGCUGACGUCGAGGUCGUUCGAGGACUGAUUGAAUUUGGAGUCGAUCCAAAACUUGCUUCAUUGCGAUCGGGUGCCAACCAUCUUCUCUGCCUCCUAAUAAGACAAAUUCGCAGUCACAAAGAUGAUUGCGGUGAAGAGUUUUACGACAUGUUAAAAUUAUUUCUACAGUCAGGGCUGGCUAUAGAUUCCGAAAUACUAGAAGCCGGGGUCGAAGAAGUUGGAAUCGAUAUGCUGCUAAUUCUCUCCCACCACGCUUCCAAUGUUAGCAAGGACGGCACAGAAGCAUUAUUGACAGCAGCUUGUUUCGACAAUUAUGAAGCCGUUUCAUGGUUGCUAGAGGCUGGCGUUGAUCCUAACGCCGUAAUCGUUAUAAAGCCUGAACCUUGGAGCAUCAUUGCUUUGGCGAGCUUGUCUAACUAUGAUUUUGAUUGCUGUCGUGGCCGGCGCGAAAAUCCGGCAAGCUGCGAAAUGCUUAAAUACUUGAUUGAUUGUGGUGCAGUGUUAAAGAAUAACCCGCAUGAUCCGAAUGCGUUCGACUUCCUGCACCGCCUUCUCUCUCGUUCUGAGCAUCCUCCAUUAUCUCCCGAAAAAGUUAAGCUCUUUCUAGACACGAUAAUGGACCAGCACGAUUUAUCGAAGCCUGGAGCAUGCCUAUUGGAAGCUUCACUUCGAAUGCACCCUAGCGACUUUGGGCGAUCUAAUAUCGAUGGGGACGGUCGGAUAAAGAUCAGACUGGCAAAUUUUGAACAACUUCUUAAAAGAGGUGUCCCAGCCAGAGAUAGCCACGUGUUGGCAUUACUAAUCUUAUGUAAAGGCCGGGACGAGUUAACCCAGGAGGUUCUGAACGCAGGUGCAGACAUCAACGCAUAUUCUCAAUUGCAGGACAAAUAUGACCUCAGAUAUACCCUCUCAAUCACCCCGAUUCAAGCUGCCGCCUCUACAGGUAAUCGGUUUUUGGCUGACCAAUUGAUACGCAUGGGCGCCAACGUUAAUCAGCCCGGACUUGGACUUUGUGCAAGAACGGCUCUACAGGCUGCUUGCGGAUGGCGCCCGAAGCCGCCACACCGAAAGAGGGACAAAUUGGAUAUGAUCCAACUCCUGAUUGAGAACGGGGCCGAUGUUAACGCUCCUGCAGCGCCUGGAUAUGGAAUGACGGCCUUGCAAGCUGCAGCAUCGGAGGGGGAUAUAGAGGCUGCGCUCUUAUUAAUUCAUUUCGGAGCAGAUCCAAACGCACUCCCUGACAGAAAAUUUAGAAUGUCUGCACUGGAUCAGGCUGCAUACAGAGGUAGACUUGACAUGGUCCAGCUUCUUUUGAACGUCGGGGCCCUGAGUUGGGUUCGAGGUCGAACUGGAUAUCGUGGAGCGAUUUGGUAUGCAAAAGUGCGCAAGUUUUUCGCUAUAAUUGAUUUGAUACAAGAGCAUGUACGGAGCGACUUCAAGGUAAUUGGAGCGAGCCUUGCCAUGACUUUCGAAAAUGACGCUGGGGCUGCAUCUGAUGAAAUCUGGCAUCCUAAUUGUAUAUCCAAGGAUGAAAUGGCCCAGAUUGGGAGGGAACUAGACAAGAUCGAAAGUGGAAUGAUUGGGAAUGGUUCAUGGUCCCGAGAGUACUAACGUUUUCAUGUUGAACAUUUUUUAUAUCAACGGCGUACUUGGAGUUACUAAGUAAUUGCGAACAA